UUGCUUCAAGUAUAUGGUGCGUUGUCCCUUCAUGAAGAUGGCGGCGGUCACCGUCGGAGAGGCAGUUUGCGGCGACGGACCAACGGGCGGGAAACGGGCGCACCUGGGCAUUCCCGAGGCCAUUUUCGUAGAAGAUGUAGAUUCCUUUAUGAAAGAGCCAGGAAAUGAGACGGCAGACACCGUACUCAAGAAACUGGAUGAACAGUAUCAGAAAUAUAAAUUUAUGGAGCUUAACCUUGCCCAGAAGAAAAGAAGGUUAAAAAAUCAAAUUCCUGAAAUUAAGCAGACAUUAGAAAUCUUAAAACACAUGCAGAAGAAAAGGGAAUCCACAAAACUGAUGGAAACCAGAUUUUUAUUGGCAGAGAACCUCUACUGUAAAGCUUCUGUUCCUCCUACAGAUAAAGUUUGUCUUUGGUUGGGGGCCAACGUAAUGCUGGAAUAUGACAUUGAUGAAGCCCAGGCGUUGUUAGAAAAGAAUCUCUUCACAGCCACAAGAAACCUUGCGUCUCUCGAGGAAGAUCUGGAUUUUCUUAAGGAUCAGUUCACUACUACAGAAGUCAAUAUGGCUAGAGUUUAUAAUUGGGAUGUAAAGCGAAGAAACGAGGAUGACCCUUCCAAAAGCAAAGCAUAGUUAUUAAUAGUAUUCAUUAGUUCUGUUAUAUUAAAUGUGUUCUUAAUUUUAAUCUUAGUUAGCAGACAUCUUUUUAAAAAUUGAUUUGCAAGCCCUGUUUGGUUCUGUGCAUGUUCUAUUAUUGCUGCUUUGGAAAAUGAGCCGUAAAGGAUUUUGGCUCUUCCAACAUAAUCUGUCAUAGGAAAAUGCUGGCUACAAGACUUGACUGAAAAUCUGAAGUGCAUUAUAGGAAUUGUCUUUUGCAAAAUGUUGUUUGUAUAUAUGCAUAUUGAGGUAUAUCAAAAUUUGGUGUGGGGAAGGUAUGGCAUCAAUAUGGGCAACACAGUCCAUUGUAAUCCUGCCUCUAGCUGCUUUAGCUAACCUCUAAACACUUCACACACACGAGCUCAUGUUUAGCCCUUGAGGAAACAAAUAAUUUAAUACACAAUGCAAUCUCUAUGUGAUCUCAUUCAGUUCUAUAUUCACAUAAAUAUCUCAUCCCAAGUCUGUAAAACUGGAGGGAUCCAGGAGCAAAUGGCCCACUAUACACAAUCCGUGUAUUUGCCAUCUGUUAUAAUUCAGAUGCUUGCAAAGAUACUUGGUGGAACCUGCAUUUAAACAUGGGUGGUGUAUUUGAGCCCAGUUUGAGUUGGUUAACAGGCUUAGUGUUAUUCCCUUUUUACUUCAUAUGAAGCUUUGCUAAAGUGUUGCCUUGGCAUCGUCCCUUUUAUUUGAAACCAUGAGGCACAUUUUAAGGUCAAAUAAGUGCUGUAUUUACACUGCCGAAUAGGUGGCAGUGCAGGUUUUAUUUGGAAAUGAAAAGCAAAUGUUAACUGUGUUUUAAUUUCUUCUAAUAAACAACACUUUUAAA